AUGCGCUUGGGUUUGUUGCUGCCGGCCCUUGAUCCUGUGCAGCUUGGCCCCCUUUUGCCUGUGCGAAGCUUUGGCAAGCCAGGGUUGGCCUUGUUGACAUAUGGCCUGACUAAAUCGGGCUUGCCUUUGCUGGCGCCGGAUUUCCUGCACCCAGGCAGCUCUUUGCCCUUGCAAGGCUUCGCUCGUAUGGGCUUUUCGGCCUUGCUCUAUGGUGUUAUGCGCCUCGGCAGCUUGCCGCUGGCACCGGACUUCCUGCACCCGGAUUUGUCGCUGUUCUUGCGGACCCCCAUGUGGGUAGGCAGCGCGCUGCUGCCUUAUGGCGUGGCGCGACUUGGUGCGCCGCCACCCGCCACGGAUCUCAUCAACCUGGACUCGCUGCCGCCGCUCCAAAACCAUUUGCGCGCUGGUAGCCCUUUCUCGGUGCUCUCCAGCGUGCGCCCGGGCAGCUGCGCUUUGGUGCUGGACUGCAUGCAUCUCGAUCCAACCACGUUCCCUCGGAGCCUUUUGCGCCUGGACUUGCUCUUGUCGAUCUUCGGGCUUACCCGCUUGGGUUUGUCCACUCCGGCUCUGGACCUUGCACAUCCUGAGCCUUCCCUGCUGCUCAGAGGCCACUUGCGGAUUGGCUCGGCUCUGUUGGUCUACGGAAUUGUUCGGCUGGGCUUCCCAUCGCCUGUCCUUGAUCAUGUGCAGCUCGAUUCUACCUUGCUGAUUCAAAGCCAUGCGCGACUCGGAAGCUUUCUGUUUGCCUAUGGGCUGACUCGCUUGGACAGCCUUUUGUUGUCGCUGGACUCGUUUUCGACAGACUUGUCCAUGUCACUUCAAACUUUCUGCCAACUGGGCAGCCUGCUGUUGGUCUAUGGCGUGACGCGGCUCGGCCUCCCGCCGCCAGCGCUGGACUUUGCGCUCUUGGGCUUGUUCUUGUCGCUGAAGGGCCCAGCAUGA